UUUAUCUAAAUUUCUAUUCACAACCGCCUCAUUCAACGUUCCCCCUCUCUCUCCCUCCGCCUUAGAGAGAGAAACACCACCGUACCGCCCGCCGUCCGCCGGAAGAAAGAAUGAGAUAUGGUCGGACUCAGUGCAAUCUUAGAAACGCGGAAACUCGGCAUUACUGACUCAACUCGUCAGGUCAUUAACAAAUCCACUCUUAUUAUGAUUAAUAGCAACGCCAACGACCACCACCGCCACCGCCACCACCGUUCUUCUUCUUCUAAAAGAUAUCUCGACCGCUGCUUUCUCUGCGGUCAGAAGCUCCUCCCCGGAAAAGACAUCUACAUGUACGAAGGAGACAAGGGUUUCUGCAGCGAGGAGUGUCGAUGCCGGCAGAUUUUCAUGGACGAAGAACAGAGCAUGGUGGAAGCAGGGAACUGCUCGUUGGCGGCUGCCAUUAACCCACAAACCACCACAUCGCCGUCGUGUCCCUCGCCUCAGCCAUCUCGCCACCCUCGACCUACCAGAGACCACACCCAAGCUUUUGCCUACUGAUCAUCACACCAAAAAUGGCUGGGAAAGAAGGGUGUUUUUAAGAUUCAAUAGGCAAAAAGAUUUCCAUGAUGGGUUUUUUCUUUUUUUAAUUUUAAUUUUAAUUUUUUUUUUUUUUUUUUGUGGGUUAAGCAUUGGUGUUUAAUUAUGAAAGAACAUAUAUGCAAAGUUACGUUUGUUUUUG